AACGCGCUGAAAGCAAACUACUGUUGCUCUCUACCCACCACCCAUAUUCGAGGGAAAUCCACGCCAGCGCACCCAUCAUGGCCCCUAAAAAUAAAGGCAAAGGCAAAGAUGACUCCAAAUCUGACGCCAAAUCCGACUCCAAAGCCAGCAACUCCAAACUCAAACCCGCAACCUCGAUAAACGUCCGCCACAUCCUCUGCGAAAAGCACUCCAAAAAAGAAGAAGCCCUCGAGAAGCUCCGCAACGGCGCCAAGUUCGACGAGGUGGCGCGCGAGAUGAGUGAGGACAAGGCUCGUCAGGGAGGGUCGUUGGGCUGGAAGGUGCGAGGUAGUUUGAUGCAGGAGUUUGAGAAAGUGGCGUAUGAGUUGGAGCCAAGUACGACAGGGAGUCCGAAGAUUGGUGAGGUCAAGACGAGUGAGGGGUAUCACAUUGUUAUGGUGGAGGGGAGGAAGUGAUGGGGGAUCGGUGGGCUGGGUUGCGCAGAGGGAAGGGCAAGGGAUGGCUGCGGGAGAUUUACAAAAGCUACCCUACUAUGCGCGUGUUGGCAAGUAAGGAAUAAACUAUAAGAGAUACCCCUUUACUUAUGCGCAACCCAUGCGUUUUCACGAUGAUCUGACAAUGAGAAUGGGUAGUAAUCACA